UCCAUGUUCAUUCCCUGAGUCUGCAGCGCGCGUAGUGGACAAUCCCGGUACUGCAGGGGUUCAGCUCCUCCCCGAACGCGAAAGCAUUCUGAAUCAGGAAGUGCCGGGAGUUAACAUGGCUUCGAAAAGAAAGGCCGAGAUUUGGAUCGAGGAAGUAAUUUGUCCCGUUUGCCUGGAUUUCUUCACCGAUCCGGUAAUACUGGAGUGUGGACACAACUUCUGUCGCUCUUGUAUCACACGGUGUUGGGAAAGGGAGGAGAGAAACUCCUGCCCGGAAUGUAGAGAGGUGAUUGCUGACCGCACCCUCAGGGUGAAUCGGGCCUUAGCAAAUCUGGCUGAAAAAGCUCGAAAUAUAAAUCUAAAUCCGAAGGGGAAGGUAAAUAAACUUCACUGCGAGGAACAUGAGGAAGAACUGAAGCUGUUUUGUGAAACGGACAAGACACUGAUCUGUGUGAUCUGUGCAGUGGCGGAGGAACACAGAGAGCACCGCUUCAAGCCGAUUAAAGAAGCUGUUAAAAUCUACAAGGAUCAGCUAAAAUCUUCCUUAGACUCUCUCACAAAAAAGAAAUCAGACUUCCAGAAAAAGGAGCAGCAACAGAAAGAGAAGAUUUCCGGAGUUCGGAAACAGUCACACAGCGUUCAGACCCACAUCACAUCCCAGUUUGCUGAACUGCGCCAGAUUAUCACUGAGAAAGAGCAGAGCUUACUCAGGGAUCUCAGGAAAGAAGAGAAGAGGAUUUUAAAUCCAAUGGAGAAAAAUCUUCUUAAGAUUCAAAACAAUAUAAGGUUUAUUCAGGAGGAAAUCUCAAAGUUAAAGGAACAGAUGGAUGAAAAAGACAGUGUGAUAUUUCUCAAGGAUGAAGCUCGUUGGAACAGAAGGCAGGGCAUGCUCUUUACUGAAACCCUGAAUGGAUUUGUAAAAUAGUUCAGAAUAGCAAUUUAUAACCAGCAGUUUAAUAUUUACAGGAUUAAUGACGAUAUCCAGGAAUUGUCAGUGACAGAUGAGACCCUACCGGUUGAAAAAUUCGAUCACCCCUAUUUGUUGAAGACAGUGCUGAGAGAAUCGCUUGAUACUAUUAAUCAAGUCUUGCAGAUUGAUGAAGUGGGCCGUGAGUUCAACAUCCAUCAAACCCUCCCAGAUCAUCCUCCUGAGGAAUCUCACCCCGGAGUCUGUCUCUGAUGUGACGUCACAUCAGAGGGCAGUUCCGUGCCACAGAAUAGACAGACGGGUCUCUGUCACCCUGGAUGUGGAAACGGCGUAUCCGUGUCUCGAGGUGUCUGAGGAUCGGAAGAGUGUGAGAUGGACCGGGACCCGGAGGGAUCUCCCUGAAACCGGGAAGAGAUUCAC